AGUGAAGCAGAGAGAGAGAGAUGUCGAUGAAGAAGAUUUUCCUGGUCUUCGUCGCCAUCAGCACCAUCAGUCUCCUGCUGCACCAUGGGGGCCACUUGAGCUGGACCAUGGGAGCCUUCCACAUCGGUUGUCCUGCCCUUCGUUCCCACCCUGCCCCAGGCCUUAAACCAAAGCACACCAAUGUGGUCUUCCUCAAGACCCACAAAACGGCCAGCACCACCAUGCAGAACCUGCUUUUCCGCUUCGCAGAGCGCAACAACCUCACGGCGGCGCUGCCCGUGCAGGCCUGCAGCCACCAGUUCUGCUACCCGCGCUCCUUCACCUCCCACUUUGUCCACCCGCACACGCUACCGCCGAACAUCAUCACCAGCCAUAUGCGCUUCAACAAGGCUGAGCUGCAGCGGCUGAUGCCCAAUGACACAAUCUAUAUCACGAUCCUGAGAGAGCCGGGAUCCAUGUUCGAGUCUUUGUUCAGUUACUACAACCAGUACUGUCAGAGCUUCAAGAGGGUUCCCAACGGAUCCCUUGAGGCUUUCUUGGAGGAGCCCUGGAAAUACUACCGAGCAGAUGAGAAGGACUCCAUGUACGCACGCAACACCUUGACCUUCGACUUGGGCGGAGACAAGGACCGCUCAGCGAAAGAUGAGGCGUAUGCACGGGGCUUUGUGGCAGAGGUGGACAGAGUCUUCUCCCUGGUGAUGAUUGCUGAGUACUUUGACGAGUCGCUGGUUCUCCUACGACAUCUCCUCUCUUGGGAUCUGGAUGAUAUUCUGUAUGUUAAACUCAACAUGCGGACGCCAAGCUCAAAGCGGAGCCUGACGCUGGGCCUUCCUUCAAAGAUCCGUGCCUGGAACUCCUUAGAUGCACGUCUGUACGACCACUUCAACGCCUCAUUGUGGCGCCAACUAUCGGCUCUGGGUCCAGCUUGUGUGGCGAGGGAGGUGCGACUCCUCCGGCGGGCUCAGGAGAGCUUAAUGAGAAGCUGCUUCGGAGGGCGCAUGCCGCUUCUCCGAUCGGCAGCACAGAUCAAAAACAAGGAUCUCCGCCCUUGGCAGCCUAGUGGGAAAGUUGACAUUGUUGGCUACGACCUCCCGGUAAAUCUCAGCCGUGGGUUCUCGAGUCAAGCCCAGGAGCUUUGCCUCAAGCUCAUCAUGCCAGAGGUCCAGUACACACGGGUGCUUCUACGUUCCCAAUCACUGCGCUACCGUCGAGACUACCAACUCCGGCCUCAGCAGCAGACACAUCCCAUCCAGCAGCCCAUACGCACAGUCCUGCCUCGGCAUCCUCAAGUGCAACGCAGUCAACCUCCCCCCGCGGCCCCAGGCCCUGCAUCAGGGACUGGGGCCACCUCCACCUCAAAGCCCGCUGCAGGAACUCAAGGCCGGACCACAAAGAUAGGGCCUCGAUCGGCACAGACCGAGGCCUCGCAGACUGAAAAAUAGAGACUGGAAUAUAGUGCCCAAAAGGCUGCAUUGUCCUCCCCAUCCUGAAGCUUGAGACAAUGGGACCUGGUUGGUGGGGUUGUUGAAAAAAGUCUGGGUUGCUCUUGAGUCAAUGUCUCUCUUGUCCCGUACAGACAGAGUUUGGGAUAAAAAUAACUGAGGAACAUCAGAGGAAAAGGGGGUUAGAUAUAUCUGGACUUGAACUUGAAUAUGUGCUCUCUCUGGUCUGUGAAACAGUCUUAGGACUUGAGGGCAGGAGGAAUCUACUAAAGGACCUGGCUCACUUGCACGCCAAGUUUUUUAGGUGAAAGUGGUUAUUUGAAGCAAAAUCUGUUAUGUGCGACUGGGACUCAAUAGGGAAGUGGCGAUAUCGGGGCCUAUUGUGAGGCACAGAGUAGGCGUUGUGUGUAUCACACUGGUAAAGCAUCAUGUUACUUGCUUUCAUUCCUUGCUCUCUCCUCCUAACAUAUGCCACUUAAAGUCCUUGAGAGAGCCAUAAUGACAUAAAGGGAUUUGCUGUCAGGCGUCCAAAGAGCCUUUUAAGAGGCCAGACAGCCAUUGAGAUCAGCUCCAACCGUUAAUACAACAGCACAAUCAACAACUCUUCUUCUUCUCUUACAAACUUUAGACGCUAAGGCAAAGGAGGGAGGGGAGUUAAAAAGCCAGAUAGAUAGAUAAAAAGGGAGAGAUUACAGAAGAUAUGCGUGAAGACUGGAUCCAUUACAGAGACUGAACGAACUGUCUCUUCGGCCUUUGACCUCAUAGGCUCCCUCUACGCAUCCUCCCCAUCCUCCCAUCCCUGCUGCUACCCUCUGGUUGGGCAGAACCUCCAGAGAGUUGCGCAAACAUAUUUUGUUUUUCUCCUUCUUUGAUUGAAGUCUCCCACGGAACUCCAGCUGCGAUCACAUCAUAGAGACUAUCUAGGUUUCUGGAUGUGGGGGUUUUGUUUUUAAUCUUGGCCGUUAUUGCAAUAAGAUCUCUGUGCCUACGCCACGUACGAAAGGCAUGGAUUUAAUAACAUACCAGCAACCCCGCACAGCACAAGCAAAAACAACUGGACAGGACAAAGACUUGAAGCCUGUGGGUCGCAGUGUUUGAAUAUUUAAUCGUCCCCUCUCAUGGCCUUCCUAUGGCAUAUGUUCUUGGGUUACACGGCUGUACAUUUUCAUUUAGAAUACAAGGACCAAAGUCAUUGUGAACUCGGGAAAGCAUUGAUGUAGGGUGUUUAAAGCCUCUUAAGGCUGGUGGGCCGGCUGGUUUGGCUGUGAUCUUCAAAUGUCAUCACUUAUCUCAGAUUUGAUCCGUUUUUAAUCCAUUCUGCUCAUAUUUAAUGUGUCAUUCAAUUUAUUUUACUCCUCAUGUGGUCACACUGCUAAGUAACUGGGAAAGAUGUCUGUGCGUAUUUUCUGUGAGUGUGUGUGUGUAAGACAAGAAGCAGCUUUCUCUGCUUCAUGUUGUAUUUUGUUCCCAAGGCCAGCCAAUUUGGCAUGGCAACAAAAGGAAACCAUUUGUGUGACAUGUAUGACAACUAUGUGUUAUUUAUUAUCGGGACUGAAAGAGUCCCAUUACUGUAUUUUUAACUGUUACGAGUCACUGGAUAAAAAACCUCUGUUUGUCGGUCUUUUCCCUUCAGGCAGCUGAGGUGGAACAAGGCAUGUGGCAAUGAUAUAAAAUAUUCAUUCUAUAUAUGUUUUACAAAAUGCAAAACUACAGAGACCACUCCCGGAAAACCACACAUUGAAACAGGAGUUGUCGCUUUAAAAUGAAUCUUUCACUCAGCAGUGCUUAAGUGCUCAACCACACACCAUUUCUGUGGUUUGGGUGUGUCGUCCUGUAGGUUAUAAUAAUGAAAAACACAAACCACUGCUGCUCUGACAGGAAUAAAAAAUGGAGCGGUUGGAAAACAAACCGGAGUCGAGGAUAAACAGUUUUAUGAAGUGGCUGUGAAUAUUUAAAUUCAAAGUGGGCUUAUCUGAACUUACUGUGGAACCUCAGCUCUGAGAGCACGAGAUGCACAGCAGUCUUUUUUAUUUAUUUACCGGUUUAUGAAAUGUGUUCAUAUAUGUGUAAUAGGUACAUACACUGCAAAUACUCACUUUAAAGGUGUUUUUUCACGUCUCUGUGUCAACAAACGCUGGAAAGCUGCUGGAAAUCUUUAAAAACGGGACACAAAUAUGUGCUUUCAUUAUUUUUAUUUUUGUAUGCAGCUGUGAAAUGUGGUUUUGAGGAGCUGUUACUUUAACAAUAAUAAGGCUUUUUGGGGACAAUAUUCUGCCGGGGAUGAUUGCACAUUUAAUUCCAUGCUGAGUAUUUCCAGGGGCAGACAGUGUAUUAAGGAUUAACAAAAGAACCGGUGUUGUAAUAGUUGGGAGGAUUUUGGGAUUAAUUCAUUGUUUAUUUUGGCUUUUUAAUGGAUUUGGUGGCAAUUGAAGUACUCAUAAUAUCUAAAACCACCAGCCUUAUAAAAUCCGUUUGGUGAUGAUAAUUAUCAACUAUAUUUGAAUUAGCUUGAUUUAAAGCUGCUACAUGUAAUAGAAAAAUAAUUGGGUUCGAGUAAAACUCCUGAAUUGCUUCAACUUUAUGUAAAAUAACAAGAAAACACAGAAUGAAUGUGUUUCUCUGUCGACCAUUAAGCAUUGUGCAUUUGUGCAAUAAUAAAUAAAUGGAUAAGACGUUAUGGCUUGCAUAAAUACAGUCCUCAUGUACUGUAUAAAAUUAUGAAAUGUUUUAUUUAGAUUAAACUAUUUUCACAGUUUUACAGGCAGCUUUUAUUAUAAUAGCAAUAUUUCAAAACGCCACUUUUUACCACAAUGUUUUUUAUUUUCAAACAGGGCAAAGGCAGCUGUGAUGUUCGGGUAUCAAUUAUAAGAAUAAUGAAAAUGUUGUUGGAGUUACAUUUUGUUGGAUUAUUUCACGAUGUUACAGAUUUUGUCUGUAUUUCUUCCUAUCAUUUAUUAUAUAAUGUCUUGUAUUCUCAUUUGAUAUGGUACGAUUUGGGUAGAAAAUGUGAUCCUAAGGUUGUGUUCAGGUACUUUCUGGCAGUCAUUUGUAGAAAAAUAAUGGCAAAUAAACUGUACGAUCUCAAUGUGUAUUUGAAAACACAUUUCCUUCUGUGUCUGACUGGGAGCCAGCUGAAAAAUAUGUUUUUAUUUCGCCUGAAAUGUUCCAUCUCUCCGUGGCCGUGAGUCUCUCUAAGUGCUGUCUUGAUUGUACGAGUUGUUCGCCCGGCUGUUCUUAUUCUUGUGGGAGAGUUUCAGUAAUGGUCAUGCUGUCGUGUCUCAAGUGUUGCUAUAAUUCUUCUUUGAGGAUCUGUGAAAAAAAGUGCUCUCAAAUCUCAUCCUCUUCACAUUUACCACCUCUGCUUCGACAUUACAACGUUUUUUUUUCCUUUUACUGGAAAAAUAAACUUCUUUCAUGUAUUGCGGGAUCAAUAUUUUGAGCCUCUAUGUUGCAGGAAAGUAAAAGAGAAACCGUUAAUACUUGAUGAUUCUUGGACCGUAUUUUUUCUCCAUUGCCUCUUUGAUCUGCUCAUCCUUUAUUUCCAUCCUCUGUUUAUGGGCUCAUCUGUGAACUGUGAAGAAUGAGGUAGAUCUUGAUCUCAUUUUGGUGAUUGAUUUGAAGAGGUGGGGGACUGGGCUCUGAACAAAAUGGCUAAAGACAAUCAGAGCUAGGGGCCCCAAAUCUUAUGUAAUGGUGGAAGGUGAACGUGACGAAUA